GGCGGCGGAGCUGCGCUGAUCUGAGCUCAGUUCAGUUCGCCUCGGCUCGCGUGGCGUCUUCACGCGCUCAUUAGCAUUCCUCCCCCGUCCCCCCGUGUCCGCGCUGCUGAGACGAGCUGCUGCGCGCGGCGGACAUAAGAGCAUCGCUCUCGAGUGGGAGAGGAGACAUCGAUUCGCCAUCCCUCCUUCCCUCACCGGAACUGGACUUCGGAUUUUUAUUUUUAUACGUUUUUUUUUUUUAAAAAAAGAAACAAAGAAAAAAAAACAAAGCAAUUUUCCCACUAACCGCUGUCAGUAAAUACUAGAUACCAUAAUUUUCUCCAUCUCCAAUUAAACCCAAGAUGAUGAGCAAAUAAUAAGGAUCUAAUACAGACUCCGCUUGAAAGAACGAGGAUUUCCUUCUUUCUUUCCUCUCUCUCCCCGGUGGAUGUGGACGUAACGCGGUGGAAAUGCGAAAGAUGAAUUUAUCAUUAUUCCUUCUUCCUUUUUUAUGCGGACUAUCGUCCGGCGGCUCUCCCAGCGUUCAAAUCGGGGGGCUCUUUCCGAGGGGCGCCGACCAGGAGUACAGCGCCUUUCGAAUCGGGAUGGUUCAGUUCGGGACCUCCGAGUUCCGCUUAACGCCGCACAUCGACAACCUGGAAGUGGCCAACAGCUUCGCGGUCACCAAUUGUUUUUGCUCCCAGUUCUCAAGAGGAGUGUAUGCUAUUUUUGGAUUUUACGAUAAGAAGUCAGUCAACACGAUAACGUCAUUUUGCAAAACUCUGCACGUCUCUUUCAUAACGCCGAGCUUUCCCUUGGAUGGAUCGCACCAGUUCAUCCUGCAAAUGCGACCGGACAUCAAAGGCCCUCUGCUCAGUCUUAUCGAAUACUACAAGUGGGACAAGUUUGCCUACCUUUAUGACAGUGACAGAGGCUUGUCGACACUUCAGGUGGUGCUGGACACUGCGGCAGAGAGGAAGUGGCAGGUGACUGCGAUCAAUGUAGGGAACCUGAAGGACGAGAAGAAGGAUGAGGCUUACCGUUCGCUCUUCCAAGACCUCGAGAACAAGAAGGAACGGCGAGUCAUUCUAGACUGUGAGCAGGACAAAGUCAAAGACAUCAUGGAGCAGGUCAUCACGAUCGGAAGACACGUCAAGGGAUAUCACUACAUCAUUGCAAAUUUGGGUUUUGUUGAUGGAGAUUUGUCAAAAAUCCAGUACGGUGGCGCAAACGUGUCUGGAUUUCAGAUUGUUGAUUUUGAUGACCCUUUGGUGGCCAAAUUUGACCAGCGAUGGGAGGCUUUAGAGGAGAAAGAGUACCCUGGAGCAGACAGUAAAAUUAGGUACACGUCUGCGUUGACGUACGACGCAGUGCAGGUGAUGACGGAGGCCUUCCGCUACCUGCACAAACAAAGGAUAGACAUCUCAAGGAGAGGCAACAAUGGGGAUUGUCUAGCAAACCCGGCCGUACCGUGGGCGCAGGGACUGGAAAUAGAACGGGCUCUGAAACAGGUUCGCGUUGAAGGGCUAACGGGAAAUAUACAGUUUGAUCAAAACGGCAGGAGGGUCAACUACUCCGUUAACAUAAUGGAGCUGAAAAAUAGUGGUCCGGUUAAGAUUGGAUAUUGGACCGAAGCUGACAAAAUGGCAGUUACUAAUCCAGAAGUUUUGCAAAAUGAUUCAUUGGGAAUGGAGAACAAGACAGUAAUAGUGACCACGAUUUUGGAAGCUCCGUAUGUCAUGCUUAAGAAAAAUGCUGACCUCUUUGUGGACAAUGAACGAUAUGAAGGCUACUGCGUGGACCUCGCUGCAGAGAUAGCAAAGCACUGUGGGUUCAAAUACCAACUCAAAAUAGUGGGUGAUGGAAAGUACGGCGCCAGAGAUGCUGAGACAAAAAUCUGGAAUGGAAUGGUUGGAGAAUUAGUGUAUGGGAAAGCGGAUAUAGCGGUUGCUCCGUUAACUAUCACCUUGGUGAGAGAAGAAGUGAUAGACUUUUCAAAACCCUUCAUGAGUCUGGGGAUUUCCAUCAUGAUAAAGAAGCCCCAGAAGUCCAAGCCAGGGGUCUUUUCUUUCCUGGACCCUCUGGCAUACGAGAUCUGGAUGUGCAUCGUGUUUGCGUACAUCGGCGUCAGCGUGGUUCUCUUCCUAGUGAGCCGAUUCAGCCCCUACGAGUGGCACACCGAGGAGUACGAAGACGGCCAGAUUCAGACUAGCGAGUCGACAAAUGAGUUUGGGAUAUUUAAUAGCCUCUGGUUUUCCCUUGGUGCCUUUAUGCGACAAGGAUGCGAUAUUUCUCCAAGAUCCCUCUCUGGGCGAAUUGUUGGCGGGGUGUGGUGGUUCUUUACCUUGAUCAUAAUAUCGUCCUACACGGCUAACUUAGCUGCCUUCCUGACUGUUGAGCGGAUGGUAUCUCCUAUCGAAAGUGCAGAAGAUCUAGCUAAGCAAACUGAAAUUGCUUAUGGAACUCUGGAUUCCGGAUCAACAAAAGAAUUUUUCCGGAGGUCUAAGAUCGCGCUGUUUGAUAAGAUGUGGACGUACAUGAAGAGCGCCGAGCCCUCUGUGUUUGUUAAGACGACAGCGGAGGGAGUGCUCAGGGUGCGCAAGUCCAAGGGCAAGUACGCCUACCUGCUGGAGUCCACCAUGAAUGAGUACAUCGAACAACGCAAGCCGUGUGACACGAUGAAGGUGGGAGGGAACCUGGACUCCAAAGGAUACGGCAUCGCCACGCCCAAAGGAUCCUCAUUAAGAAAUGCGGUUAACCUCGCAGUACUAAAACUGAAUGAACAAGGCCUCUUGGACAAAUUGAAAAACAAAUGGUGGUACGACAAAGGAGAGUGCGGCAGCGGGGGAGGUGAUUCCAAGGAGAAGACAAGCGCCCUCAGCCUGAGCAACGUGGCUGGGGUCUUCUACAUUCUCGUCGGUGGACUUGGCUUGGCCAUGCUGGUGGCUCUCAUUGAGUUCUGUUACAAGUCAAGGGCCGAAGCGAAAAGAAUGAAGGUGGCAAAGAACGCACAGAGCGUUAAUCCCACUUCCUCGCAGAAUUCGCAGAAUUUUGCAACUUAUAAGGAAGGUUACAACAUGACCUUCACGGAUGCCAUGAGAAGUAAAGCAAGGCUGUCAAUUACAGGAAGCACUGGAGAAAACGGUCGAGUGAUGACUCCAGACUUUCCAAAAGCAGUGCAUGCUGUACCUUAUGUGAGGCCUAGCAUGGGAAUGAAUGUCAGUAUGACUGAUCUCUCUUGAUCGAUAAGAACCUUUCGAGUGCCUUACACAGUGGUUUUAAUCGUGCUUGUCCUGGCUGAAUAGGUUGAGGGAGCAUCCACUUACAGUAUCAUGGGGACAUUACCUUCUUUUAAUUCUCUUUUCGAGUCCAGCUACUUUCAGUGAAUGGAAGGAGCAUAACUGGAAUAUAGAAUGCUAUUUGAGCUUAUGACAUCAUUUUCUCUUCAUUGUCCGCUCUGAAUGACGUGCACAGCUAUUGUCGGAAGUACCGUAAUUUCAACUGAAAAUCAUUGUCGAGGCAGUGCAUCUUUUUUUUUUCCUUUUUUUUUGGUGGCCACC